UAGAAGAUUGGAAAAACGUUGCCUGGUCUGAUGUGUCUCGAUUUCUGCUGCGACAUUCGGAUGGUAGGGUCAGAAUUUGGCGUCAACAACAUGAAAGCAUUGAUCCAUCCUGCCUUGUAUCAACGGUUCAGGCUGGUGGUGGUGGUGUAAUGGUGUGGGGAAUAUUUUCUUGGCACUCUUUGGUACCAAUUGAGCAUCGUUGGAACGCCACAGCCUACUUGAGUAUUGUUGCUGACCAUGUCCAUCCCUUUAUGACCACAAUGUACCCAACUUCUGAUGGCUACUUUCAGCAAGAUAAUGCGCCAUGUCAUAAAGCUGGAAUCAUCUCAAAAUGGUUUCUUGAACAUGACAAUGAGUUCAUUGUACUCAAAUGGCCUCCACAGUCACCAGAUCUCAAUCCAAUGGAGCAUCUUUGGGAUGUGGUGGAACGGGAGAUUCGCAUCAUGGAUGUGCAGCCGACAAAUCUGCACCAACUGUGUGAUGCCAUCAUGUCAAUAUGGACCUAACUCUCUGAGGAAUGCUUCCAGCACCCUGUUGAAUCUAUACCACGAAGAAUUGAGGCAGUUCUGAAGGCAAAAGGGGGUCCAACCCGUUACUAGCAUGGUGUACCUAAUAAAGUGGUCGCAAAGAAGUAUCAUGGGACAAAGAAACAGCCUGGAGGACUUUGAAAGUCAGUUCAAUGAUGUGAUUUCCAGACUGGAGUCCAGACAGUUGUUCCAGUCAGAAUGGGACAUUGCCUUUGCUGUUAUCUUCUUAGUCUUUUUUGGUUUGAUCUUGCUGAUGGUCCUUCUGGUUUUGAUCCGAUGCUGUUGCUGCUGCUGUGAAUCGAAGCCCAAACGCCAUAAAGUUGGGAUCGAGAACAUGUCCUUGGAACCAUGACAGCUGAACCACACCACAUGGAGAGUUUUCAUCGACUCAGACGCUAAACAUUUCACAAUGUCAUUUCAUCGUGUUCUGACUGACACCCUAAGAAGUGUUGACGUACUGCUCUUGUUCUUGUGAUUUUCUAAUCUUUGUACCUGUUGUAGUGUAGUUCUACCAAUUGUACAAUUAGCUUUGAUGGCACUUCAUCUGAAUGGUCUUGUCUUGAUUAUCAUGUUAUUAACCCUCUGAUGCAUGAAUUAUGAAAUCCUCGGUUAAAAAAAAAAAUUCUGAUGUGUUUUUAUUAGGGCUGUCAAAAUUAUCGCGUUAACGGGCGGUAAUUAAUUUUUUAAAUUAAUCACGUUAAAAUAUUUGACUCAAUUAACGCACAUGCCCCGCUCAGAUUAAAAUGACAGCAGUGUAAUGUCUGCUUGUUACUUGUUUUUUGUUGUUUGUUGCCCUUUGCUGGCGCUUGGGUCCAAAUGAUUUUAUGGGUUUGGGGAGUGAGCAUGGUGUAAUGACACCAACAAUGGUGAGCUACUAGUUUCUUUUUUGAUUGAAAAUUUGACAAAUUUUAAUAAAAUGAAAACAUUAAGAGGGGUUUUAAUACAAAACCUCUAUAACUUGAACUAACAUUUAUCUUUAAAGAACUACAAGUUUUUCUAUCCAUGGAUCGCUUUAAGAGAAUGUUAAUAAUGUUAAUGCCAGCUUGUUGAUUUAUUGUUAUAAUAAACAAAUUCAGUACUUAUGUACCGUAUGUUGAAUGUAUAUAUCCGGCUUGUGUCUUAUCUUUUCGUUCCAACAAUAAUUUACAGAAAAAUAUUGCAUAUUUUGUCGGUGGUUUGAAUGGCGAUUAAGAUUGAUUAAUUUUUAAGCUGUAAUUAACUAGUUUUUAUUCCUCAAAGGACAUGGAAAUAAUAUACAAUUUCUUAUUUUUCAAAAAAAUACGAUUUUUUUUUCAUGAAGUUACAGACGUGACCAAUCCAGUGGACUCCAUGCACAUGCACACUUAACAUAAAACAAUGUAAAUUUACUAUUAAAAAAAUGUACGAACUUGUGUCCUAUUGUGAAUGCAGAAACCAUUGAUCCCUUGUAUGCUUUGAUAAACAUUUCAACAAUUUUGAAGUCAUUUUAACACUAUAGGCACAAUGUGUGGGCCUGAAUAAGAAAACAAAUGAAAGUUCAAGUUGUGACUCUUACACCUAAGCACCAAUGUCUCUGUUGUUGUCUGGCAGCCACUCUUGUCACUACAGUCAUUAUCACUGAAGCUGAAUGGAAUUUCACAAAACUGCCUUAGUUUUUCUGCAUUUGAAGUAUACAAAAUAAGAUAAAAUACAUAUAGUAAUGCAAACUACAGCUAAGAUAAAAUGCAUACAGUGGGGCAAAUAAGUAUUUAGUCAACCACUAAUUGUGCAAGUUCUCUGACUUGAAAAUAUUAGAGAGGCCUGUAAUUGUCAACAUGGGUAAAUCUCAACCA